GGAAUAUCAUGGUAAAUUGCCACAAGUGGCGGGACUGUGAACCUUCUGAAGUGACAUGAUUCAUAUCAAUCGCCGAAUGUUCGCCGACCUUGCUCACCGAGUCGGCGACCUUGGAUGACACAGCUCGAUUUGUAUGCAAAGGGACCUAACCCAGGCAUUUAUGUCCUUCCCUAUUUUCAAUGUUUAAAUUUGGCAUAUCAUGAUCGAUACCUAUUGACAGUCAUCUAGCAUGAAACGACAAGUGACACCGAUUAUGUAUAGAGCGUGCAGCACCUCCCGCCUGGCUUUGCGCUAUAGACCAUUGCGUCAACUUCACGAAAAGGCCGCAGCUACAGUCUCGAUAACAAGGACAUCCAGAGAUAUAUUCUCUACCCAGAGGGCCCUGCAUUCAACAACCAACCCAAUUCCGAAAUGGAACCAAAAGCCUUGGUUAAACAAUCAACCAAGCACACACAGUCGCGCUGCAUACACAACAGCAACACCAGGCAACCCAACCAUCCACGAGAUAUUCGAAGAAACAUCCGGAACAUGGCAAUACCUAAUAGCCGACCCAAAAACCUCAAAAGCAGCAAUCAUCGACCCAGUCCUAAACUACGACCCAGCAACCCAAGCCAUAACAACCGAAGCAGCAGACGCCAUCUUAUCAAAAGCCAAAGAAAUGGGCUACAAAAUCGACAAAAUCCUCGAAACGCAUGCCCACGCAGAUCACCUCACUGCUGCGUCCUAUCUCCAAACCCGCCUUGCAACAGAUCAAGGCUUCAAACCGCCCGUUUGCAUUGGCAAACGUAUCGAACAAGUACAGACUCUGUUUGCCAAGCGGUACGGCGUCCCAGCCAAAGAAUAUAUACGCGUUUUCGAUAGACUCUUCGAAGAUGAUGAGGUCUUUUCUAUUGGGGAUUUGAGUGCGAAGGCGAUUCACCUUCCUGGUCAUACGCCUGAUCAUUUGGGAUAUAUGAUUGGAGAAAACCUCUUCUGCGGCGACAGCCUCUUCCACACAGAUAUAGGAACAGCACGUUGCGACUUCCCUGGCGGUUCGGCACGGGAUCUCUACGCCUCAGGGCGCAAACUGCUAAGUCUACCAGAUCACUACAAGAUCUGGACUGGUCAUGAUUACCCGCCAGAAGGACGGAGUGAGCCUGUGCCUUGGAUGAGUGUGCGAGACCAUAAGAGGUUGAAUAAGCAUCUUAAGGAGGGGAUUUGUGAGGAGGAGUUUGUGGCGUUGAGGAGGGAGCGGGAUGGUGGUCUUAAGGCUCCUAGGUUGUUGCAUCAGUCUUUGCAGAUUAAUAUUCGGGCUGGUAGGCUUCCCAAGGUUGAGGAGUCUGGGUUUAGGUUUUUGCAUGUUCCGUUGGUGGUUGGGGGUGAGUGGUAGGGCUAGGGUUUGUCGUAUAGAUUGUUGAAUGGUUUAUGGGUGGUCUAACUAUGAUUUAGCGGGAAUGACAGGAUAUGCUGUAG